AUGGCGCUCAGCGGGAAGCUGGCGAGGGAGCUCUUCCAGAAGGCACAACACGCGGCGCCACGCAUCGCCAGACGGACCUUCGUCUCGCAGCAACAGCAGACGACACGGUGCCUGCAGCAUGAGACGACGAGCAAGCCGGUGCAGCGGCAGCAGCUGCGCCACUUCUCGCGUUCGUCGAAACACGCCGCCAGCCAGGCGGACGUUGCACCCAACGCGAAGGCCUACCUCGACUCCGGCGCCAUUGCGGGCGGCCAGAACCUCGUCGACGUCGAGAAGGUCCUCGUCAUUGGAUCUGGCGGUCUCUCCAUCGGCCAGGCCGGCGAGUUCGACUACUCCGGCUCGCAGGCACUCAAGGCGCUCAAGGAGGCUGGCAUCAAGUCCGUCCUGAUCAACCCCAACAUCGCAACCAUCCAGACUGCCCACGUGCUCGCCGAUGAGGUCUACUACCUCCCCAUCACCCCCGAAUAUGUCACCUACGUCAUCGAGAAAGAGAGGCCCGACGGCAUCUUCCUGUCCUUCGGUGGUCAGACCGCCCUCAACUUGGGCGUGCAGAUGAACAAGAUGGGCAUCUUCGACCGCUACAACGUCAAGGUUCUGGGUACUAGCAUCAGGACUCUGGAGACUUCCGAAGACCGAGACCUGUUCGCCAAGGCAUUGAAAGAGAUCGACAUCCCUAUCGCCGAGAGUAUCGCUGUCUCUACGGUCGAUGAGGCUCUGGACGCUGCGGACAAGGUCGGAUACCCCAUCAUCGUCCGUGCUGCUUACGCUCUCGGUGGUCUUGGAUCUGGAUUCGCGGACAAUGCUGAAGAGCUUCGCAACAUGGCUGCCCGAUCACUUACCCUGUCACCGCAAAUUCUGGUUGAAAAGUCGCUCAAGGGCUGGAAAGAGGCUGAGUACGAAGUCGUGCGAGAUGCUUCCGACAACUGCAUUACUGUCUGCAACAUGGAGAACUUCGACCCGCUUGGUGUGCAUACUGGAGACAGUAUCGUCGUCUCGCCUUCGCAAACGCUAUCUGAUGAGGAAUACCACAUGCUCCGAACCGCUGCCAUCAAGAUUGUCCGUCAUCUUGGUGUGGUAGGAGAGUGCAACGUCCAAUACGCCCUGCAGCCAGAUGGUCUUGACUACAGAGUUAUUGAGGUCAACGCCCGUCUGUCUCGUUCGUCUGCUCUUGCCUCCAAAGCUACUGGAUACCCGCUUGCCUACACUGCUGCGAAGAUCGGUCUUGGGCACACUCUGCCUGAACUGCCAAACGCUGUCACACGCACGACUACUGCCAACUUCGAGCCUUCGCUUGACUACAUCGUUACCAAGAUUCCUCGCUGGGAUCUGGUCAAGUUCCAGAACGUCGACCGUCACAUUGGCUCAGCCAUGAAGUCGAUUGGUGAAGUCAUGGCUAUCGGACGUACAUUCGAGGAAAGUUUCCAAAAGGCAAUCCGACAGGUCGACCCGCGAUUCGAUGGUCUUUGCGGCGACAAGUUCGAUGACCUCGAUGAUGUGCUCAAGAACCCAACUGAUCGCAGAUGGUUGGCUGUCGGCCAGGCUAUGCUUCACGAAGGCUACUCCGUGGAAAAGGUCAACGAGCUCAGCAAGAUUGACAAGUGGUUCCUCUACAAGAUUCAGAACAUUGUCGACACUACCCACGAACUCGAGGACAUAGGCUCGCUCUUCGGCGUCAAGAAGGAACUCAUGCUCAAGGCCAAGAAGCAAGGUUUCAGUGACAGGCAGAUCGCCCGUGCUGUUAACAGCUCUGAGGAUGAAGUUCGUGCUCGUCGUAAGAACUUUGGCAUUCGCCCUUGGGUCAAGAAGAUCGACACGCUGGCUGCUGAAUUUCCUGCUGACACCAACUACCUCUACACGACCUACAAUGCCUCCAGCCACGAUGUCAAGUUUGACGAUCAUGGUAUCAUUGUCCUUGGAUCUGGUGUUUACCGUAUUGGAAGCUCUGUCGAGUUCGAUUGGUGCGCUGUCAAUGCUACGCUUUCGCUCAAGGAGCUUGGCAAGAAGACGGCUAUGAUUAACUAUAAUCCUGAGACCUAUUCUACCGAUUUUGACGUACCUGACCGCCUCUACUUCGAGGAGCUCAGCUACGAGCGCGUCAUAGACAUUUACGAGCUCGAGUCCGCCACUGGUGUCGUUGUCUCCGUCGGUGGUCAACUUCCACAGAACAUCGCUCUCAAGCUCCAGGAGACUGGAAAGGCCAAGGUACUUGGUACUGACCCCAAGGACAUCGACAAGGCCGAGGACCGACAAAAGUUCUCUGAGAUCUUGGACUCCAUCGGUGUUGACCAGCCAGCUUGGAAGGAACUUACCAGCGUGAAAGAUGCCAAGGACUUUGCCGACUCUGUCAGCUACCCUGUCCUGGUUCGUCCAUCAUACGUUCUGUCUGGUGCUGCCAUGACUGUCAUUCGCUCAGAGGAGGAGCUCGAGGAGAAGCUUGUUGCUGCAGCGAACGUUAGCCCUGACCACCCGGUUGUCAUCACCAAGUUCAUCGAGGGCGCUCAGGAGAUCGACUGCGACGGCGUUGCCCACAAUGGCAAGCUCAUUCUCCAUGCUGUCUCUGAGCACGUCGAGAACGCUGGUGUCCACUCUGGUGAUGCCUCUCUGAUCCUUCCACCUGUCCACCUGCCACAGCGCACCCUCGACCGUGUCAAGGACAUUGCCGAGAAGGUCGCUAAGGCCUGGAAGAUCACUGGUCCCUUCAACAUGCAGAUCAUCAGCGCUGAGAACCCCGAGAAGGGCGAGCCAGACCUCAAGGUCAUCGAGUGCAACCUUCGUGCAUCUCGAUCGUUCCCAUUUGUCAGCAAGGUUCUGGGCACUAACUUCAUCGACACCGCCACUCGUGCUCUUCUCGACAAGGAUGUUCCCGAGCCAAAGGACCUCAUGGCAGAGAAGAGAGACUACCUCGCUGUCAAGGUUCCUCAGUUCGCCUGGACUCGUCUUGCUGGUGCUGACCCAUACCUUGGUGUCGAGAUGUCUUCCACUGGUGAGAUGGCUUGCUUCGGUAAGGAUCUUGUUGAGGCCUACUGGACUGCUAUGCAGAGCACCAUGAACUUCCGUCUUCCACAGCCAGGUGAGGGUCUCCUCUUCGGUGGUGACACCGCCACUGCCGACCUUGGCCGCAUCGUCGACUACCUCAACCCACUGGGCUACAAGCUGUACGCAGCCAACCAGGAGGUCAAGGAACACCUUGAGCAGUCGUCCAAGGAUGGCAGUGUCAGCGUCCAGGUCAUUGAGUUCCCUAAGAACAACAAGCAGGCUCUGCGUGAAAUCUUCGAGAAGUACGAUAUCCGUGGUUGCUUCAACCUUGCCAAGCGCAGGGCAAGCAGCAUGGUUGAUGAGGACUAUGUCAUGAGAAGGAACGCUGUCGACUUUGGUGUACCGCUCUUCAUGGAGCCAAGGACUGCCGUGCUCUUCGCCCAGUGCAUGAGCGAGAAGCUGCCCAAGUCCGAAGGCAUUCCGGCUGAAGUCCGCAGAUGGUCUGACUUCAUCGGUGGCAAGCCGCUCUAA